GGCAAACACAAGCCAAGGUCAAAUUUCUCCUGCAAAUUGGGGAAAAUAAAGCCGGUUCUGUCGCCUCCACUCCAAUACUCCAUAUCCCUCGAACAGCUUCUUCCCAAUUCAUUUUUCGCCGCGGAAGGCUUCGAUUGUUCCCCGUCGAAGAUGCUGAGGGUUGCGGCUCGAAGGCUCUCUUCGCUCUCUUCUUCCCAUUUCAGGCCCUCUAUUGCCUCUUCCUUGCCCGGUUCUCAUAAGAUCGUUGAUGGCGGUGAUUCUGCCCCAUCCAAUGAUUUCAGAUCCGUCAGCUCUUUCAAUACCUUCGCUUUUGGAUCCAACUUCGCGCCUAGUUGUCGAGGUUUCGCUUCUGAUGCCUUGACUUCAAUGGGCGAAAACAACUUAGUUCCAGAUGUUCCUGCAACUGUUGCAGCCGUUAAGAACCCUACUUCAAAGAUAGUGUAUGAUGAAUACAAUCAUGAGCGAUUUCCUCCGGGUGAUCCCAGCAAGCGUGCAUUUGCCUAUUUUGUCUUGUCAGGCGGUCGGUUUGUCUAUGCUUCUUUGAUUCGCCUCCUUGUUCUCAAGUUUGUUCUUAGCAUGUCAGCCAGUAAGGAUGUUCUUGCCCUGGCCUCACUUGAGGUUGACCUCUCAAGCAUUGAGCCUGGUUCUACUGUGACGGUUAAGUGGCGUGGAAAACCAGUCUUCAUCAGGCGACGAACUGAAGAUGAUAUUAAGAUAGCAAACAGCGUCGACAUUGGAUCUCUUCGUGACCCACAGCAGGAUGGCGAGAGAGUCAAGGAUCCAGAAUGGCUCAUCGUUAUUGGUGUUUGCACACAUCUUGGUUGCAUUCCCUUGCCAAAUGCCGGUGAUUUUGGUGGGUGGUUUUGCCCGUGCCAUGGUUCCCAUUACGACAUCUCCGGUAGGAUCCGUAAAGGACCAGCGCCAUACAAUUUGGAGGUACCCACCUAUACCUUUUUGGAUGAAAACAAGCUUUUGAUUGGUUAAGAAAUCAAGCUCUUUUUCUGGGUUUGUAGUAGUGGUUUGGAACAAUCAUCUAUGAUAAUGUCUCGAAGAUUUGUUGCAGGCAUUUUAUUAUUUUUCUACUCAAAUUCUGAUUUGAUGUUUAUGUAUGAGAAAACUGUAACUCCCGUAUAUUGGUGGUGCAUGAAUGCAUCUGAAUAAGUUGCUUUGCUUGAAUGGGUGUUUCCCCCAUGAAGUAAGAUCUUCUGAUUUUGGGAAUAGACUUGAUAGUGAAAUGGAAACUAAAAUUUCUUUGUA